AUGUAUCCUAUAGCAUUUGUGCCGGCUGUCCUUCUCUGUGCCCUUGUUCGAAUUUGCUCUCAACGUCGUCAACUUGACUUUGCCACAGUUGAUGGUGAUUUGCGCGCACUUGAAGCACAUGAUGGCGCAGCAUUCGGUCAACCUGGACGUCUCCAACGCCCACACAGCCUCCCUGUCUUUGAAAAUGCCGUCACUAAGAAAAACCUUGCCCGUGGUCGAAAUUUCCUUGCAUUUGCUCUACGUCGUUCUCGGUCAACUGAGGAUGUUCUACCCUACUCUUCCGCUGGGCCUGACAAUAUUCCUCUCAAGCCACUAAAAAUAGUUGAGACUGUAGAAAACCCCUUAGCUACAGGGAAUUAUUACCAUCUUCUUCUUACUGAAGAUGCAAUUCGAGAGGGCAAGGAGGCUGAUAAGCGGGAAAGUUAUAAUUUCCAGCUAGCUCCUGUGAUAAGGAAGAAUCGAAGCAGUGCUGUGAAUAGAAUGAUCAUGUCUUGUUGGAGUGGUGACUUCUCCAUUAGCUCCACCAGCUCGUCUACAUCAAAUUCACAAAUGAAUGGAAGAGUUGUGGCUGAGGGGGAGGGUGAUGAGGAUUGCGAUGUUUGCCGACAGAUGAGAGAAUCGGUUCUCAUGAUGAAAAACAAUGAAGAAUCUGGUGAACACAAUAUUCAGACGUAUGGAAGUCACAGUCUUGGAUCAGGGGCUUCAACACCAUCUACCACCUCUACAAGUGGAUUUGGACAGCAGAGUGGGGCACUUGAAAAAACUUUGAGGACUCCUGUCGAUUCUAUUAUCUCAAACCCAACUACACCAACAGUCGAAUUCCGUCCAAAUAGCAUCGAGAUGACUUCUACAAAGCCAAUUGUCAAAACACCUGAAGAUGCUCUUCUAGAUCCGUUGAAGCAUCAGUCGGGUCAGUAUGAUAAUCCCAGUGAGUAG